UGCCCAGCCGGGGAAUGGCACAUGCGGGGGCGAUGCUGCAGGGGCGCAGCUUUGAGUCCUAGAUGCUGAGCCUGGGUCGCCACGGCCUCCUCCCCUUCUCAGCUUCCUUCUGUGAUGUAAAACAGUCUGCCAGGGCUGUUUUUCUGCCAGCCACGUUUUGGUGACCUCUGAGUUUGGAGACUCCAUCCCUUGUCACCCACUGGAUUAUGCUCGUGGCUUUCCUGCCUGAUGAUUCUUUUGCAGCAGGUCUGGCUUCCUUUACCUAAUCGGCCCUCAACCUCUCCUCCUAUGUCAGUGGCUGCCAGGUCCACAAGGACCUUGCAGCUCCCGCCACAGAAGGCUUUUGGGCAGGAAGCAUCCUUGCCUCUGGCAGGGGAAGAGGAUUUAGCUAAGAGAGGGGAGCCAGACUCUGCCCUGGAGGAGCUGUGUAAGCCCCUCUUCUGCAAACUCUGCAAUGUCACCUUGAACUCUGCUCAGCAAGCCCAGGCACACUAUCAGGGUAAAAACCAUGGCAAGAAACUCCGAAAUUAUUAUGCAGCUAACAGCUGUCCUCCUCCAGCCAGGGUGAGCAGCGUGGCAGAGCCUGUAGCCACACCCCUCGUUCCUGUCCCUCCACAGGUGGGCUCCUGCAAGCCAGGGGGCAGGGUGAUCCUGGCCACAGAGAACGACUACUGUAAGCUGUGCGAUGCCUCCUUCAGCUCCCCUGCUGUGGCCCAGGCGCACUACCAGGGGAAGAACCAUGCCAAGAGACUUCGGCUGGCUGAAGCUCAGAGUCACUCAUUCUCGGACUCCGUAGAGGCGGGGCAACGGCGGACCCGGAAAGAAGGGAAUGAAUUUAAGAUGGUGGCCACCAGGAGGAAUAUGUAUACAGUCCAGAGCAAUUCAGCAGGCCCUUACUUCAAUGCCCGCUCCCGGCAGAGGAUCCCGCGAGAUCUCGCCAUGUGCGUUACUCCAAGUGGCCAGUUUUACUGCUCCAUGUGUAACGUUGGAGCUGGUGAAGAGGUGGAGUUUCGGCAGCAUCUAGAGAGCAAGCAGCACAAAAGCAAGGUGUCCGAGCAGCGGUACAGGAGCGAGAUGGAGAACCUGGGCUAUGUUCAAUGAUGGCCAUCCUCACAGAGAAGCCUGUCCUGCCUGUUUGCCUUCUGUCGACCUGCCUUGCUUCGUGAUCCUCCAUUCGUACAUUCCUCAUUUCUCUGCUUAGUGCGAGUAACCUGCGGUGGUGCCAUGAGCUGUCAGGUCAGGGUGCGGGAGGGAAGUGUGUUUCUUGGGUCAUGAUGAUACUCUUUUGGGCCAAGUGUGUCAAACAACUCACAGUGGUGUGUGAGCUUCCUGCCCCAUCAGGUGUAACUUCUUAUCUUGGUUCUGGUUAAGCAGCAGUAGCCUGGCCAUUUAGAGCUACGAUUGUUUGAAAGUGGCAUCUACUUUUGCGGUUUUAGGUUUACGCACAUUAGACAAAUUGACUUGAGUUCUUACUUCCAAUUAUAGAGACAACAGGUAAACAGAGAUUCCCGUCUCCUGCUGCUCCUGGGAACCAUGACCACCACAGUGUGGUGUCAGUCAGAUGUGCUGGUAUGAAUGGUGUGUGCUUGGUCUCCCAGCAGCACCUGGUUCCCUAUGGCCUAUCUCUCCCUCCGUAAUUGACACAUAGGUUUCCUUGAAUUCAUAUACGUCCAGAAUACUGUGUUCUUCUGAACAUAACUUCAUCUCCAGUUGUGAACUGCACACAUGGACUUGUCAUCUCCUUCCCCACUCGGAUCAGCUGUUCCGCUCACCCCGUUCUCAUGAGCUCGCUGUGCUGUUGGUUUUGGAGACCCAGAUUUGACUGUCUAAUGAGUUGAAGAUGGAUAUUCUUUUAGAAAAUAUAUUUUCAGAUGAUUCAAGGAAAUGCAAGGAUGUGUUUGAGAUUUCAAUUUGAAAUUCUAUUUUCACUGAUGAUUAUGUGAACUCAUGGGAUAGUCAUUAUUUUGUGGCUUUUUGACGAUUGUAUCCUGACACUGCCCUGACAGGUAAGGUAAUGGGCCUGCCUGGAAAAUACCCCUGUCUGCUAUUUCUUAAGUGGAAAAUUUUCUCUCUCUCUCUCUCCCUCUCUCUCUCUCUCUCUCUCCCCCCCCUCUCUUUCUCUUUCUCUCUCUCUCUUUCUCCUUCUUCUUUUUUUUUUUAAAGCUGAUCAAGUUUCAGUGUCAUUUCCAGUAGAAAAACAUAUAACCAUUGCAUUUUCUUCUUUGCCUCCUUGAAGAGACUGAAAACACAGAUGACUUUGGUGUCUAAUUAUAAUGGGAUUCUUAUUUUUUAAAUAAAAAGCCAUAGUGUAUGUCUAGACGGAUUGACGGAGUGUUAUGUGAACUUGUGUUCACUGUGUGUUCUUUGUCUUCUCCUUUCUCCUUCACGUGGGUGAGGCCAGCAUGCCCGUGUCCUUCUGCAGAAGGCUUACAGCAAGCGGGAUUUUGCACUGUAACAUACAUAUUUCAUUCAGUACUCAUGUCACCAGAGAAUUCUCUGGGCAGAUGGAGAGGGAGGAAGUGCUCGGCGCCCUCCUUUUCAUUCUUGCUUUAGAGCAGUCGAGACCCUUAAUUAAAGGUUAAUUUUAUGACUAGCUUCUGGGACAGUACCUGGUUACUUUCUCCUGGUGAAAUGCUGGUUUCUGGAAAAGUAGAACUAUUUGGUUAAGUAUUUUCCCCUUAGAAACAGAAGAAAGAACAGUGUUAGCUUAAGAUUUGAUCUCCAUUUGCAAGUCCUCAUACCAAGAACUACUCUGUGGCCAUCUAUAGAGUUGGCCAGUUUACGGCAAUUUAGGGUGUAUUUUGUUAGCCAUUUGGUUAUUCAUUUUGCUGCUAAAUAUAGUUCUUCGGUAGACUUAAAUAUACUGCUGGCCACUUGGUUCUGUGAUUGUUUAACAGUCUCAUUUGUUGUCUCUGCAGGGUAUGCGUCUGUGUGUCUCUGUGUUUGUGUCUGAAGAUACAUGCCCCCCCCCCCAGCCCCCCCCCCAGUUUUAUAUGAUAUCCCAGAGAGAAUUUCAUCUCAUCUUUAUAUCAGAUAACUUGGAAAGAUCCUGGGUAUGGAUUUACAUUUUAUAAAAGUGAUAUUCAUCUGCUUUGAGUUUUUUUUCCUCUGGGAAUCAUUUCAAAGGAUGUCCCCUCCCUGCCCCAAAUACUCUCCUCCUGUAUAAAGAGAAAACAGUGGACUUAAGGGCUUGAUGUGUCUUCAAGCCUCAUGAAUUCAGGUUUCUAGUCUCCCAGUGCCCUUAAUGGAUGUUAGGGACGCAUACGUGUGGUUUCUUUUGGAGUGAAGUGUUAGAUUUAUAGUGUUCUUUCUAUAUUCCUUUGCACUAGAGAGAGUGAUGCAUUUGUUUUAUGACACUCCAGGGCCGGGUUGCCCAUGACUAACUCAGUUUGUUUCCGAACUCUGGAAGUUUAUAAGUAAGUGCUACGGUCAUUGUUAGAGGUUACGUGGAUGUCCGAAACACUUCGAAGUUUCCUGGCUGAGGCUGUAUCAUCCUUACUUGUUGUAUUCAGUGGGUAGGGCAGAGGGUAUCAGAACUGCACGGUGCAGUUUCUCACUAUGUCAAUUCUGUAUGGACUGCGUCCCUUUGUCUGAUCAAGCUAUGGUGGCAUCUGAGGCAGUUAGGUGAGCUCUCUAUUGGCUUUGUUUUGCUGUAGGAUUGGCCCUCUGUUCCCAGGAAGCCUGUACAUUGUGAUGUGUCACAGUCAUGGAUGGAUAGAAGUGUAAACAAAGGGAGACCUUAGUCCAAAAUUAAGUAGAUUUCCAUUUCAUCAAUUAUUUGUAGCAUUGAAGUCUGUUCUUGUGGCUCUGCUUCACGAUGAGGCCAAUCAGAACACCCAGAUCUAAGGCUUCAGGAAGAGUCCAGUUUCAGUCAGGUGGUCUGGAUCCCAUAUGCCGUCAGAGGGCAUUAGCUUUGGAGGUUCAGCUAUGGCCCUGUGUUCUUUGACCUUUUAGACUUUACAUUGAGCAGAGACUUUGCUGGUCUGGGUUGAUCUGUGUCCUGACACUUGUAAAUGCAUGCCUAUUGUUUUACGCCUGUCUGCUUGCCUCUUACAAACGGAAUUCUGCAUUUUCCAACAAAUUUUCCACACUAUUUGUCUUGAUAAAAAGCUCCCUCCUCAACUCUUUCCCUUUAAGUUUGCCAUGGGCUUAGAGAAUUAGCGAGGAGGUGUGAAGCCCUGGAAAUGGAUGAAGGACUGUGGCUGAGAGCUUGUGAUCUGCUGAAGUGACUCUCCCACCUCACCCCAGAGCUGCCCUACAGAGUUUUUUUGUAGCCCUCGGUCUAUACAACCUUACAAUCCAAACAGGGAGAAAAAAAUUAUACAUACAUAUGCAUUCCUGUGUAGAUAAGAUCUAAAAGUUGACAGUGGGCCUUGGAACUAUCCUAGCUGGUGUUUCCAGGGAGAUGGAGCAGUGGCAGUCCAGGGCAGACAAGUAACUUCCUUGUAGUGCUUUCUAUGUGGAGAGGCUCAAGAACAGCAGUUUGGAAUGUUCUGUAAAUGUCAGGACUUGGGCUGGAAGGAUUUCAGAGAAAUUGGUGGGCCUUGUACCCAGGUGGUGGAGUGUCUUUAGAAAUGGGGAAACAUUUUGUUGGUAUAUGCAGAAGUUUAAUGUAGAUAUUUGAACAGGUGUUUAAAAAAAAAUUCUACUUUGCCCCCUCCCCUUAAAUCUGUUAGAAGUUUUAUAUGUGAUUUAAAAACAAAAUGCUUUGUUGCUUUUGUGUUCUGUUAUGGGCGAGUCUCCUGUGAGCUGCUGUGUGGACACUAGCUGUGUAAAUAGCUUCUCAUGAGACAUUUAUAUGGACAGCUGUCCGCCUUUCCUUCCAUUAUCAAUAGGGACUCUUUGUGAACGCCCUUUCUCUGUAGCUACCAAAAAACCAGUCCUGGCUUAUGGUCCCAUGUGACCUUGUAUCCGUUAAACCCAGAAUAUGAGUGCCUUUAGUAAGUGUUAGCAUUUCACAGAGGGUAGAGGUGACAGGAUGUACUGCCAUUAGCCACUGUUCAUAAGAUAGCUUGAAAUAGCAACGGUCCUUGUGACUUCUGUUCUGUGGUCCCUCCACCCCAUUUUAUAGUGCAAUCUCAAUUUGCUUUGGAGUAAAGUGUGUCCUCUGGGUGGGAGUCUGGCUGCUGAGGCUGUCAGUAGUCAUCUUCGUGGCUAUGUUUGAUGCCACAGAGGACUCGGAGCUUGAGAUGCUGAUGUUGGAAAAAACUUCCUACACUGACUGUGCUCCAGCUUGGUUCUUCUAUAGUGUGGAGAGAAUUAUGUAUCUACAAACAAAGUGUAUUGAGAGACUGCCUGGGACAGGUAGCUCCGUCUGGGUCAGGCUGUACUUCAUCUCUGCAUGGAUGGAGGAACCUUUCCAAGUAAGCUUGAGGCCUUUGAAAACGACAGUUUCCUUACUUUGAUUACUUUGAUUAUAUUUCCUGAGGUCCAUAUAAUUUUUCAAACAUAUGAUUAAACCAGUUUUCAUGUAGAAAUAGUAACAUUUGCCUCAGAAUUUUAUUAUGAAGAAUUUUGGACAUUUGUCAAAGUGGAAAACACCUAACUCUAUCUCCUGUUGUUGACAUUUCCCACUCGGGUUCUGUCUGCCCAUCAGAACAGAUGGCUCUAUACAUUUCAGACAGCGUCCAUACCAUGCGUGUCAUACUCUAGGAUUUAAUAUCUAAAUGUUAAUGUCUUAGGAAGACCGCAUGUCUAGGUCAUAAUUUGAGCCAGGAAACAGUCUCUGUUCUUUCCUGUGAUGGAUAUCAGUCUUCCUUGUUUUUGUUCCUGAGUAUGCUUAAGAGUUUCAACAAGUCUGCACCGGGUUACAUGGCCCAUAAAUGUUAUGUUCCCGACAGGACUUGCUGUGAACUCCCAGGCGCUGUAACCACUCUCCUCCUAUGCCUGUACAUAGCAGGAUUAAACUCUGAGACAGCAGUUCUGUCCACUGAGGGGUGGGCAAGCCUUAGAGCAGUCUACAGCUUUCCUCCAGUCAUGUCGGGGAAGACUGCAGUCUGCCUCCAUCCUGUGCCCACCCUCUGUGGCCAGCUCUGCAGAACUGAAGGGGUUUGCUCAGGUCGGAUAGAUUGGAUGGGGAGAACCAAAUGACAGUCCAACCUUGAGCGCUUUUAGGUUGUAAUCUUAGGCUUCCAGUAUAACUGAGCACUUCCUUUGUGCCCUUAGAUGGACUGUAUUUAUUUUUUACCAACUAGAAUUUUAGUUUUAGACAUUUCACAGUUCUCUUAACAUAGAGACAUUCCUGUGGUCAUUUGUUGUUUUGUGACAUUCCAUGUAGCUCAGGUGAGUCAAUUCUAUGUAGCCAAGGAUGACCUGGAACUCCCCCGAUCCUCCUGCCUCCACCUCCUGGUGCUGGGAUUACAGGCAUGUACCACCAUGCCAGGCUAUAAAUUGUAGUUUUAAUGAAGUCCAAAGCAAUUGCUAAAAUCUCACUGCACUGUUGAACACCAACUCAUGCAGGGUCUGUCUGGUUGUUUCUGUCUUUAAAUGGCUUUUCCGACCACCCUGUCCAUGUUUGUCCUCACUUCACUCCUUUACUCGUGAGAAUGGUGUUCUCCAUCACUGACCCCUCUCAUGCACUCUCAACCUGAUGCUUUUUUGUUGGUUUUAAGAAAUGACUCCAUAUGUCAGGGUGAGUGAUACUAUCUUCAGGCAAAGCCCUAUUGGGAGCAAACCCUCCUGGAAGUGGCUGGUCGUUGUUCUGCCUUCUUUUGAUAUCUGAUCACCCACCAAAGGUUCUGUAAGCCAGUGUGUCAUUUUGUAAGUCUCAUGUUGACUCUGCUCACCCAUGGUCUGCCCCUCCCUGCCCCCACCAGUCAACGGCAGUGACCUGGCAUGGGUUUUGUGUGUUGUCUUUGAAAUGCCUUAUUGGGUAUGCCAGGCUCUGUUGUCAAGCAUCCCAGCUGUCUGCUGGGAUAUGCUCGUCCUCUUUGGGGUAUGUGCUCCUGAUCCGGAAGCAAAGCUGAUCUUGCUUUCAGUAUCAAGGGUGCGUUUUAAUAUAGUUACUGUCUUAGGUUAGAAAUGAAGCAGGAGGCCGAGAGAGUGUGGAACCCUGCCUGUGGUCAGUGUGGCGACCUGUAAAUGUGCUUUUGCUGGUUCACUAGAAAGGACGCAGCAAAGAAAUGCCAGUCCAAACCGGAAAGUGGGGCCGUGUCAUAUCACGCUCUCUGCUUGUCACUUGGCUGUUGAGAAUCUGAGCAGGCCAUUGGACAGUGGGCCAGUCUAUGUUCUGGGGCUACAGAGCUGACUGACGUCACAGGAUUCAAACCAAUCAACUGUGAAUUAUGAAAUUGAAAUUGCUUUUGGUUUUUCUUUCCUUCAGCCUAUUAAAUAUAGAAGUCUGAAUGUUAUUUAAGCUUGUGCCACUUAUGUUGGCUCAUCUUGGCUGUGUAUCCUCAUGUAUGUACUGAUUUCUGUUAAAGGCUUGAUGACAUUGUAACAGGCUUUUGUGUGUUCAGUUCAAUAAAACAGUUUCUGAGUCUUGUCUCAAAA